UCUCUAGCAACCAGGCUUGAGGCUUCGGGGAACCCCUUGGCAACAUCUAUCUGGGUACUAAGUAAACAGCGCUUUUGUCCGUCCGCCAUCAAACGGCACGCACGUCUCCCUCGCCUCCACCUCACCAUGGCGAACAUGGACAAACUGAAGGUGAAAGCACGCUCUGCCCGCAAUCGUGUCGCAGAAUCUACAUCGCGAGGCGCUGGCAGCGCUUCCAUGCACGAGCCUCACUCUACACUCCCACCCGAAGAUCACGCAAGCAUCGUUGGUGUCAAUGAAGGCUUCGUCGGGCCUCAGCCCGGAACUGCUGCCCGUGAUUUUGCUACUCCCGCCGACUCCGUCGCACCGCCGCCAACCAUAGAACCCCCGACGUCGCUGCAGUCCUCUGUCGACGCAGGAAAGCCCGUCCCAGUGCCACGCAAAGAUGGCGCCUCACAUAGUUCCCCCAGAACUCCUCGGACUGGGAGGGCGAGAAGUAGUUCUGCGCCUUCCGAACCUUCACCGCAGCCAUCGUCAUCGCAGCUUCGACCCUCGACCCUCCGCCAAUCCAGUAUAGGUAUCAAGCGCAUGUCAUCUGCCCAAGGUCUCCAGCAGCUUGCCACAAACCCCAACGCCUCUUGCAAUGCCCUGCGACAAAGCACUACACGAUUGCCAGCACUCGAGGAGGAAUGUCAAUUGGAGAACGUGCCAACAACCGCGUCAAACUUUUCGGAACCCAUGCCAGCGAAAAAUUCCCCGCCCGGGCGGUUGAGAAAGGUCAGCAGCGCUCUGCAGAACAAACUCAGCUUUUGGAAAGACAAGGAACCCGAUACGACUGCAGAUCUCGAAAAGCAGCCACCACCAAUUACAUCCCAACAACCACCGCAACAGCUCGCCGCGCCGUAUCAGCCGGGGCUCAAUUACACGUCAAACAUGGUGGAUGUACUGGACACAGUAGAUCCCGAGGUGCAAACUUUGACAUCUCUUACUAAUAUUCAAAACUCUCUCUUCGUACCUAAUCUGGGUCGGUUCGUGAAUCGCCGACCAACGUACAAUAUUCAACACCCUCCCAGCGAGACGCAAAGCCUUGAAGAGAUUGAUAGGAUUCUUGGGCCUGCGCGGGCUGCCCAAGCAGACAUGGCUUCUGCUCCCCGAAUAGCGCGGACGCAGUCACAAGGCACCAUGGCAACAUUAGCAACCAUUGACUCGAGAAUGAGUGACUCUCGCUACGCUGUACUCCCCCAUGGAACAGAUUUAGAAGGCUGGUCCAAAGAGGACAAGAAGGAGUUGAACGAUCAUGUCCGGCACAUGCUGCAUUCAAAGCGAUCCAAGUUCAAGCGGUCCAUGCGAGGCUUUGGUCAGUACGUUCGCAGACCGUUGGGAUUUCUUGUUACGUUGUAUGCAACCUUAAUUACCCUAUUCGGUCUGGCUUGGGUACUCUUUUUAAUCGGCUGGGUCAAUGUCGGUGGCAAACAGAUAUAUGUCGUUCAUAUCAUCGACAGCGUCUUAGUUGCUCUUUUUGCCAUUGUGGGGGAUGGCUUAGCUCCUUUCCGCGCCAUUGAUACCUACCACAUGAUCUACAUUGCGCACUACCAUCACUUCACGUGGUCACGUCGCAAAAAGGAGAUGCUACCGGACCUUCGCGACCACAAUGACCUACCUGCCGGCAACGCUCCCAUAUCUGUGAAUAGAUCAGCUGAUGCGGAAGAUGUGGAAAAGCAAUGGGAGUUCACUGUCCUUACACCAAAGCAGCAAGCGAAACUCGAGCACCAUCAAGCAAAGUUCUGUAAAUCGCACUCAUUCUACAAACCACACGAGACUGAGACCCACUACGCCUUCCCAUUACGCUUCCUUGUCGCGAUUGUGGUUUUGCUCGACUGUCAUUCUUUGCUGCAGAUUGCCCUCGGAGCUACGACAUGGGGAAUCUACUACAAAACUCGGCCAAUAGCAAUCACAACCGUGAUUCUAUGCUGUUCCAUAACUGCCAACGCCACCGCUGGAUUGCUCAUCACCAUCGGCGACCGUCGCACAAGGAAGAAGGAUGUUGUAGAACGUAUAAACAGGCAGGAGCUGACAGAAGAGGCUAUGCAUCAUCUAGAGAAGAAAAAAGAACGCGAAAGUGAGAGUGAGCGAGAGGAAGAUGGCAAAGAGAAGGAGGGGAGGAGAAGUUUGAACAUUCUCAGGCAUGCACAGUCGAGCGGUAGUGGCGGGGGGAAGGCCAAAGGGAAACAAGCAGAGAGUGCGUACCCGUGAAGAGCGAUGUAAUGAAACCAAAGCCAUCUGUUCUAUGAUAAAUUGGCGUUGAUGUUGAAGUGCACAUUGAAAGCAACCGAAAGCCUGUCCAAACCCGCUGGGGAGACUACAGGCCAGCACCUACGAUACAUAGCAUUUAUAUUACGCUAGUGCGGAAGUAGACAAGUGCUGACUGGUUCUCUAUCCCUGUAGUCCUAGCAAACCCUCACAAACCCACGUAGCCGAUUCAACUAAUCCCAUUCCACCUCUGCAGUCACAUUCCACCGGGUCAUCGUUGUGGUACUGAGGCACCCGGCUAUUGCAUGUUGAUAGACGUAGCAUGCU